CCGAAGUUUCGAACCUGUCAACUUCCAUCAAAAACCCUAUCAAAACCCCUCUCUCUCUCCUCUCUGUUUCUCUCUCUCGGUCUCGGCUUCAAUCUCCAUUCAUUGUCCGAAGAGAAGCAGCAGUCGAAGAAGGAAGGCGCUGUUCUUCCAAAAUGCCGCUUGGAGAUAGGGCUGGCGACAAGAGCGAGUCUCGGUAUUGUGGCGUGGAGACGGAAUUUGAUGACGAUAUGCCUCAGCUCUUGGUCACGAAUCUAUCAUCUGGUGGCUUUGAUUACGUCGUCGCUCCGCUGAUGGAUCCAUCCUAUCGACCAAGCUUACUGCAAAAAGAGAAUGGCGGUUCCGGCGUUCUUCCAUUUGCUGGAUCCGAUUUGGUUUUAAGCCCAGCACAGUGGAGCAGCCAUGUUGUUGGAAAAAUUAGUUCUUGGAUUGACUUAGAUUCUGAAGAUGAAAUUCUGCGAAGUGAUUCUGAGACAACCCUAAAGCAAGAGAUAGCAUGGGCUUCUCAUCUCUCUCUGCAGGCAUGCCUUCUUCCAGUACCUAAGGGAACAUCAUAUGCUAAUUAUGCUAGGUGUGUUCAUCAGAUUUUGCAGGGCCUUAAUAAUAUUCAGUUGUGGCUAAGGAUACCUCUGGUGAAGGUUGAUGAUGAUUCUACAGAUGUGAAAUCUGAUCAUUUGGCUGAUUCUUGGGAUUUGUGGAAUUCAUUUCGUCUGCUUUGCGAGCACCACAGUCAGUUAUCAAUUGCACUUGACAUUUUGAGUACGUUGCCUUCACCAAAUUCACUUGGACGAUGGUUUGGGGAGCCUGUUAGAGCAGCCAUAAUUAACACCGAUUCUUUCUUGACAAAUUCACGGGGUUAUCCAUGCCUGUCAAAACGGCACCAAAAGUUGAUUACUGGAUUUUUCAAUCAUUCCAUUCAGGUAGUUUUAUCUGGGAAGACAUUGCACAACGUUUCAAGGGGAUGUACAAAUUCGCCUACUGGUCUUAACAAAAAUCCUUCUGAUGGUGUACAGCCUCAUCCCUUAAGGUGCUAUUUAGAUUAUAUUGGUUUUCUUUACCAGAGAAUGGACCCACUACCUGAGCAAGAACGAGUUGAGCUCGGAUACAGGGACUUCUUACAGGCUCCUUUGCAACCUCUUAUGGAUAACCUAGAGUCUCAAACUUAUGAAACUUUCGAGAAGGAUGCAGUCAAAUACAUUCAGUACCAACGUGCAAUUGUUAAAGCUUUGAAAGAUAGGGUGGCAGAUGAGAAGGCAACUUCAGUAACAACAGUAUUGAUGGUCGUAGGUGCAGGCCGCGGACCUCUUGUUAGGGCAGCUUUGCAGGCAGCAGAAGAAACUGGCCGCAAACUGAAAGUUUAUGCUGUGGAGAAAAAUCCGAAUGCAGUUGUCACUCUUCACAGUUUGGUUAAGAUGGAGGGUUGGGAAAAAAUUGUUACCAUAAUUUCUUGUGACAUGCGUCACUGGGAUGCUCCAGAGAAGGCUGACAUUUUGGUUAGUGAGCUGCUGGGUUCUUUUGGCGACAAUGAACUUUCUCCUGAGUGCCUUGAUGGAGCCCAGAGAUUUUUAAAACAAGAUGGCAUUUCAAUACCCUCUUCGUACACGAGUUUCCUCCAACCAAUUACAGCCUCCAAGCUAUACAAUGAUGUUAAGUCACAUAAAGAUGUGGUCCACUUUGAAACUGCUUAUGUUGUCAAACUGCACAAUGUAGCAAGACUCUCUGCCCCUCAGCCUGUAUUUAGCUUUGCACAUCCGAACGCAGCAUCUGAAGGAAGCAAUCGGCGAUAUAAGAAGCUCGUAUUUGAGAUACCCAAUGACACCGGUGCAGCCUUAGUACACGGUUUUGGUGGUUAUUUUGAUGCAAUAUUAUACGACGACGUACAUCUGGGCAUUGAACCAUCAACAGCCACACCAAACAUGUUCAGUUGGUUCGCUAUAUUUUUCCCAUUAAGGAGUCCGAUAUGCGUGCCACCUGGCUCUCCUCUAGAAGUACAUUUCUGGCGAUGUUGUAGUCCUAAUAAGGUUUGGUACGAGUGGUGUGUGUCAUCUCCGUCACAGUCUCCGCUUCAUAACGGUAACGGCCGUUCAUAUUGGGUCGGCCUAUAAGAACGGCGGAAAUUGUAGUAUUUUAGUCUCUCUAUAUCUCAAGUAUUGUUAUGUAGAAUUAAUAUUUGACACGGUUGCUGGUGCAUGCAAUGCACCUCCAUUUUCUACUCUCUUCUCUGCUGUUUUAAAAGUUUCCCAUUCAAUGAGAAAAUGACAUUUUGUAAA